AUGAGCGCCGUUGGUCGCAAUGCGCCGCUCUCUCCGAUUUCUGUAGGUGGAAACGAAUGGUCCAUGUCGAAAUAUCCUCCCGGUCCCGACGGUCCUUAUCCUAAUAGUCGCGGCAACCUCGCCUCGCCCCCCCAUUCGGGCGGCUCCAACGGCAACAUGAGCAUCAACGGUUUCCCCGGCGGUCCUAGGAGCACCGGCGGCCCUUCUCCGCCUCCCUCGGUCGGCCGUUCGUCCAGCGGCACCAACAUGUACGCCAGGAGCGAUGCUGGUCCUCCCAACGGCGGCCCAAGAGGCGGCCCCGACGACCAGCAAAGGCCCAUUGACGAGGGCGUCCUCCACGAGCACUACCUUACCCUCCGUGUCUUCCUCAACUCGCGUGACUCGGCCGCGAAGCAGCAGCCCAACAAGGCGCGCGAUAAGCUCCUGCGACUCUCCUCUGUUCAGUUCUUCGAGCUGAGUACCGAUGUCUUCGACGAGCUGAUGCGCAGGCAAGCCUCCGCUCGCAUCCCCAAAAACGCUCCCAACCGCCCGCCCGCCUUCCUGCUUCCCGAAAAGGCGUUUCAUCCGAAACGAAACCAGGCCCGGCAACGGCUCUCAUCCCUCGGCCACCCUCGAUUCCGAGACCUGGCCGCUGAUGUCUUUUCCGAGCUUGAGCGGCGAUUCCCCCGGUUUGUGGGAGGUGACAUUCCCCGUGGGAACAGCGCCAUGUCCAACCGCAGCGGCGGUCGCACCGGUACCCCCGUGAAUGGUGGUGGUUUCCCGCCCAGAGGUCAGAGUCGCCGUCCGUCCGACGCAAGCUCCAUGAGAGGCGGCCCGCCACCCCCAGACCCAUACGGCGUUCCCCCGUCCCCAGGUCUCAGCAACGGCGACUACAACCGACCCCUGCCUAAGCAACUUAACCAGAAUAAUACAAUAAUUCCCAAUAAAAGUAUCAUGCUCGAGGAGGAUGACGGUGAGGGCACGUCAGAAGCCGACCGAAAACUCAUUGAGGACUAUGAAGUACAACUUCGAGAGCUACGAGAGAAGCUUUCUGACAUGGAAAGCCAGAAAAGGGACGACAACUUACAAGAAAAGCAGGAAUGGGCGGACAAGCUAGCUGAGGCCGAGACCCGAAAUCAUUCGAUGAAGCAAGAGCUGGGCAGGCUACAGGACAGUCAUGCCCGCGAAACCCGCGACUUACAAUCAAGGUUAGAAGAUAUGGAGCGCAAUUCGGGCAGCAUACGCGGGGGUGGAGACCUGGAGAUUGAGAAUGAGGAGUUACGCAACUCGCUUGAUCGGCAGCAACGCGUCACCGAAGAGGUCCGUCAAGAGGCACAAGAGUUCCUCCGUGAGAUGCGCACACUCUCUGAGCAGAGCCAGGCACGGUAUGAAAAGCAAGUUGAGCUGGAACGAAACGUCGAAUCGCUCGAGGCCGAAGUCAAAGAAUGGCGAAACCGAUAUGCCCGUACAAAAACACAGCUCCGCAGUCUACGCUCUUCAUCGCUCGGCUUGACUGAUGAUAGUGAAGGCGCGCGGCUGAUCCGUGAAAACGGCUUUGGCGACGACAAUGGCCUUGUUAAGGACGUCAACGUCACCAAAUAUCAAAUUUCCGUCGAUGAGCUGCUUCAGUCGGCGCGCAGAGACAACCCGGAGAAGACGAUUGAUGCGAUGAAGGCUGUCGUGGUUAGCGUGCGGCGGAUUACGAGAGACGCCGACGGCGUAGCACGACACGACGAACAGUUAGUACAACAACAGGCUAAACUCAAGGCCAGGGUUUCUGCGACAGCCAACAAUCUUAUCACAGCUACCAAGAACUUUGCUUCCGGGGCGGGUAUCUCGCCGGUCUCGCUGGUGGAUGCUGCCGCGUCUCACCUGACGGCGGCUAUUGUCGAACUUCUCCGCGUUUGCAAGAUUCGUCCGACGCCGGCGGGAGAGCUAGAAGACGAUGAUGACGGGUCGAUAACGCCCGUGGAUUCGGCGAGCUUCUUUUCGCCUCGCAGCACUUUACACACGGGAUCUUCACAAAACUCAUUACCAGCACCACCGCCGUUUCAAGGGCUAGGGGGCAUACGUGCGAGCGCUGAGUCGUCUGCGUACAGUCCCAUCAACUCGCCACGAGAAUCGAUUGACCCGUAUGGGCGGAACGGUGCCAAUGGCAUGACGAACGGCUACGGGCGUGCCAGCAACGGCCGAGAUGACGGGUACAAGACGUACGACGGCUACUAA